UAUAAUAAAAAAUUAUGUUAUUACAGCUGCUGACUACGUUUGUAAAGGCCAUGAAUGCAAAUCUCCAUCAUCGAAAUGUGUAACAAAAGAUACUGAUUUCUUCUGUGAAUGUAAACCUGGGUACAAACUAAAGGUGGGAAAGUCUCGAGAAACAAACAAAGAUGAAUGUAAACAAAUAACUAAAUGCGACCUCGGAAUGUUUUCGUGUCCCUUACCAGAGAGGGCUAAAUGUGUGAUGAUAGGAGAUGACGAUUAUUAUUGCGAAUGUAAGGGUGGCUACGUACCCAAAGAAGGUGAAGUGAAGAGAAAUAAACAGGAAUGCACAAGUGGAUGCGAUAAGCAUUUCUGCAAAGAAGGUUCAACCUGUUAUCCUCUUGGCAAAGAUUAUUGGUGUAUAUGCCCUCCUUUCUUCGAAGGAAAAAAUUGCACUAAAGAAAGUGCAUACAAGUGUAAAGAUGGCGAUUGUCCAGGUGCAAAUACAAAGUGUGCCCCGGAUGGGAAUACGUAUAAAUGUGAAUGUCUCGAUGGUUUUGAACUAGUAGAUGAAAGCAAGAAGAAUACAAUGGAAGCGGUAUGCGAAAAUUGUUAUUGUGGUCAACAUAGCUUAUCUUGCUCAUUUGAUGAUGUAGGAAACAAAAAAUGCAUGUGUAUUGCAGGUUACGCCCAAAGAAACAUAACAUGUGCAGCGAUGUGUAGAAGUAACAGUGAUUGCUUAAAUGGCGGAAUAUGCAGAUACGACGGAAAUGGUUACUUUUGCAGUUGUAAAGAGCAUUACAAAGGAGACAAAUGCGAAACAAAUGAUGUCUGCGAUUCAAUGAUAGAAAAAUGUGAUGCAAUUGGAGCUGUGUGCACUUACAAUGAACUGCUGCGGAAAGGAUUUUGUGAAUGUCCUCCUACCAGAACAUUCAACAGAAAACGGAAAAUUUGUGAAGAUAUUUGCAAACCGGGAAUUUGUGUGCAUGGAAAAUGUGAAGUUGUGGAUUAUCACGAAAAAUGCAGGUGUUACGACGGUUACGAAGGAGACGAUUGUGAUCAAAAAAUAUCUAAAAUCACAGAUAAGUUAGAGUGGAGUAUUGUGUUAGCUUUGUUAAUUGCAUCACUUACUUGCUUCAUAACAAUCAUUCUCUGCUUUCUUAGAUCUCGGAAGUAAGCUUACUUCUGUUGCUAAAAUUCAAAUGUAAUAAUCUUUUGAAUUGUUUUGUACAAUCAUGAUUUCUCCUUGUACACAUCUCAAUGAUUAAUAAUUAGUUCCUUGGAUUUAAGUAAAUAAAGGAUGAUAAAGACUA